GCCCCAUUGCGCGCUGAGGGGGGCGGCGGACCGCCGUGUGCCCGCCCGGUGCUGAGUGUGCCGCGGCGCUCCUUCUGCGGGCGUUGGAGGGACAAAUCAGGCUCGGAUCUGACUCACUAUUUGUAGAAGUGAGGCUGGGAGGGCUCCUGGCUCUGCCUCAGCUCGUCCGUGGUGAAAAGCAGUACUUACAGCUCAGGUUCAAGGUGGGCUUGAUAUUUAGGCUUCCCAGAGAGCUCAUGCCUGCCCUUUAGCAAGUUCUGCUUAGCCAGACGUGUCAAAUAUCAACAACAGGAGAGCCAAUGGAGUCAAAUGAAGCCCCAGAGUGUGCUGCUCCCUGAAAGCCAGUUUGCUGCAAUGUGCAGAUGUGUGGGCAGCUUGGCGAGGAGCGGAGAGGCAUCUUGGAAGUCAGUGCUGCCAAAAAUCCACCCGCAGCCCACGCUGUCUCCACAAAGAGUGUCUUCAGCCAGCGUGAACACACAGGUGGGAGCACACGGCAGCUUCAUCUCCAGUCCCUUCCCUCUCUGUACAGCAGAUCCACCCCAAUGCAAGUGGAGAGUGGUCUGGGGGCAUCAUAUUGUCUCCACUGAGGACACAGGCAACUCUGGAUUAUGCUGCGCUACAUCAGAUGGGAAUAACCAAUUUGUUACAGCUCUUGCCUGUUCUUCAGCACUGCAAAAAUAUUCCCACGCAAGCCUAUGUCAGAAGGGUUUCUCAUUCCGGAGUGAUUCCAGCCCUCAGGUAAAUUACACCCUAGUGGGAGAAGCUAUUAGGGAAGAGGUGACCUGUGGCACUCCCAGCUGCACAGAGCAGAGGGGAUAACAGCUUGACAAGAGCAGACCUGAGGAAAGAAGGAAUCCAUCCUACUGAAGCUGACCCAACAGAGAACCAUGACGUGGCUGUUCAUCGCCAUUACCUACUUAAUCUGUACUACUGAAAGCUCCAGUGCAAGCCCUGAGGUGUCUAUGGACGUUGGUGAAAUUGUUCGCUACCAUGGGUACCCCUACGAGGAGCAUGAAGUGGUGACAGAAGAUGGCUAUUACCUUACCUUACAGAGGAUUCCUCAUGGCAGAGACAACUCAGGAAGUAUGAGUGCCUCCCAUGAAGCAGAAACACCAGGAUCCAGCAUGUUCUGCCACCCUCCCAAACCUGCAGUGCUCCUGCAGCAUGGCCUGGUGUUGGAGGGCAGUAACUGGGUUACAAACCUGCCCAACAGAAGCCUGGGCUUCAUCCUUGCAGAUGCUGGCUAUGAUGUCUGGAUAGGAAACAGCAGGGGGAACAGCUGGUCAAGAAAGCACAAAGAAUUUGAAUUUCACAGUGAGAAAUAUUCAUCUUACAGCUUUCAUGAGAUGGCCAUGUAUGACCUUCCAGCAACAAUCAACUAUAUUCUGCAGAAAACAGGACAGGAGCAGUUAUACUAUGUGGCUUAUUCUCAAGGCACAACCACAGGUUUCAUUGCAUUUUCUUCCAUUCCUGAGCUGGAUCGUAAAAUCAAGAUGUUUUUUGCCCUGGCUCCUAUCACCACAAGCUCAAAUAUGAAGUCACCCUUGGUCAGAGUGUUUGAUCUUCCUGAGGGCCUGAUUAAGCUCAUCUUAGGACGCACAGUGGUCUUUGAUAAGGAUGAGAUCCUGAAGCAAGUGACAUCCCGUUUGUGCAGCUACACACUCCUUAAAAGCUUAUGCUCCUUGGUCCUGUACUUGCCUGGUGGGUUCACCAACAGCUUAAAUGUGAGCCGCAUAGAUGUCUACUUGUCCCACUACCCUGAUUCAACAUCCCUAAAAAACAUGUUACAUUGGCGCCAGCUGUACCAAACAGGGGAAUUCAAAUACUAUGAUUAUGGCAGUGACAACAUGCUUUAUUACAACCAGAGCACGCCGCCCUUCUAUGAGCUGGAAAACAUGAAAGCACCACUUGCUGCAUGGUUUGGUGGCAGAGACUGGAUUUCUGCCCCUGAAGAUGUAAAUAUAACGCUGCCUCGUAUAACCAACGUGGCGUACAAGAAGUAUAUUCCUGAAUUUGUCCACUUUGAUUUCCUUUGGGGCAUGCAAGUAUACGAACAAAUAUACAAAGAAAUUCUUGAACUGAUGAAGAAGAAUGCCUAGAGGUGGGACAGUGGCAGUAAUUGCUGAUUUCUCCUUUACCUUUGGGGGCUUCUUUACGUGAAAAAAAAAAGGGGGGGGGGGGGGGAAGGGAGGAAUGGUUAAUUAAGGUGCUGCAGUUGUUGUGGGUUUAUAUCAGUCUGGCAAGCAAGGAAAAUUGACCAAUCCAAUGAUCAUAGAAUUGUGUAGGAUUUAAGUUAAUUAAGUAGGUGGAGAUCCUUGAAGGAGUUGGGCGUGGGCCUUGGACUCUGAGCCUUUCAUGCUCAUGGAUCUCCAGACAGAAGCAAUUUCUGUGGAGCUCCUGGCCAGUGCUGUGGGCUCUGGGUGUUCCCAGCUGCAAACAGCAGCACAGUAACUCUGCUCUGUUCUGGAUGCUGAUGUUUCACCAGCUGGGACCACUGCCCCAAGAAGCUAGAGGCUAUCUGCCUGGUGACAGUUAUAAGAGCUGGAAGACACUGAUGCGGAUAAGCCCAAACUUGAUCAUGUGCAACAGGGUUUUCAAUAAGAUCUACCAAGAAAGACCAUUCUGCAUCCUUUUAAGUACUAUUCCCAAGGUACGGACCCAGGUGGAAAUUCACUUCUGCUGAGUUUCAGGAAAUGCUUUUGUCUUCCUCAUGUGUGAGAGAGAAGAGUCUGGUGGAAGCCUAUAAUGAGUCUAACUCUGUUUUCAGCUUCUGGAUUACACUCUGUAGUAAGAUAUUGAUUAGGGGAGGAAUUGUGAAUUUGCCUGUUUGUAUAAUUAUAUUCUAAAAAUAUGUCUAGGAGCAAGCAGGGUAAAGGAUAAGGCCCUUUUUCCACUUACAUGUAUUAAAAUUAAUAAUAAAGUAAGAGAGAGUCCACUGGGCUCUGUGUGAUUGUACUGCCUUAAGCCUCCGGAGGAACAUGGAGAUUUUCAGCAUAGAUCUCUUGCUGUAUGUGGGUGAGGGACAAGGCAGGUUGCAGAUGGCAGUCUGGAGGCUUAGAAAGGGUAAGGAGCACAACAUGGCCACCCUCCAAAGGCAAACUGUGGGUCAGAGCAGCAUGCUUUCUCCCAAGUAUCUGGGAGGGGUAGGAUGGGACUGCUGGUGCACAGUGCUUUUGGACAACUGCAGCAGUCUGUUAGAGUCUAAGGAAAUCAUCAAAAGUGUAAAGAUGUUCACUUUCCAUCCUUAGAGCUAGAACUGACCACAGAACAAACAGGACUGGUCAAGGUGAUUUUGGAAUGUAGGAAUCAAGCUAUAGGUUACAUAUUAUCUAUAGAUUAAUAGAACCAUUGAAUGGUUUGGCUUGAAGGACGUUACUGAAUACCUAGCUACAAAUCCUGCCAUGGGCAGGGACAUUUCCCACCUGGUUGCCCAGGACCACAACUAGCCUGGCCUUGAGACCCUCCAGGGAUGGAGCAUCCACAACUUUUCUGGGCAGCCUGUUCCAGGGCCUCACCAUCCUCUGAGUAAAGCUUUUCUUCCUCAUAUCUAAUCCAAAUCUCCACACUUUUAGUUCAAAGCUGUUACCCCUUAUCCCAUCACUACAAUCCCUGAUAGAUUCCCUCUCAAGGUUUCCUGUAGGCCCCUUUAGGUACUGGAGGGAGCUAAAGUGAUUAGCUACCACACUUCUUAUUUUUCUAAUGACACCCUUUUCUGUGUAAUUAGUUAUUUAGUGCAGGGCUCCGCACUAAAUAGAGCAGCAUUCCUCCGGUAAUGCAUUGUGUUCAUGCAAUGAAUAUGCAUGCAAAUGCAUGAAGAGUUUCUUAUCCUUGCAAAUAAACACGGAGACUUCUGAAUAGCUUGUAAAAACUUAUAUCUUUUAAUUAAAAAAUUCUAAAGUUUUAAGUCUGAAAGUUCCUAAGAAUUGCAGAGUUUCAGCUUUUCUUCUUUCUGUUUGGUCUUCAAUGUUUCUUCCAAUUCUGUAUUCACCCAAGGCAAAGUUCAUGUUGCACUGUUUUAAUCCAUUCCCAUGGUGGAGUGUUCUGGUGAAAUUCUUUCCAAACCAGGGUAUGAAAGCUCCAGAUGGAACUGGUACUUUGUUUGUUAAAGGUUCAGCAAUUGCUAAACUGGCGCAUUUUGAAAGAAAACAACAAAUAAUCAAGGUGCUUGCAACGUAAAUACUGUGAUGUUCUGUCAUCUCAAAUUGCCUCAGUCAAUAAAAGGGUUUUCUGGAGAGCUGUGCUGGUCUUGCAGAGACUGGAGUCCUUGCUCAUCUCAAGCCUGUUGUUUUGGGGCUGGAGUUUUCUUUCAUAAGAACAAGGGCAUCCAGGCACCUUAAUCCCCAUGUGAAUGUCUUGAGACUGUUUAUCCCCCAUGUGUGGCCAAACAUCAGUCAUACACCCGCACACGUGAAGGAUAUUAGUCAUGUAGCCACUGACUUAACCUUCCAGAUGUUCUCAGGCAGAACAAUCUGUGAUCUGUUUAUGUAUGGCGUGAGAAGCAGGACGGGUUUAAAACUGUGUUACAUCCCAUUCAAAAUACAGUAACUGCACCAUAUUUUAUGGCCUAUAAUUUUCUAUCCUCACCACAGUCAGUGUGAAAAAAGCAGCAGGCUCACAUGCUUUGCUGUGUCCACGCAGAAGGCGUUUCAUGCAUCCAUUCUGGCUUUAGGAUUACAGAGGCACAGGCUUGAAAUGGAGAUGUGCUUUUGUAAGUAAUCCUAGGAUUGUUUUGGUAUCUAAUUUAAGCAACUCACUGAUCUGUGGUGUUAUUUAGAAACUAAAUUUUACUGGGAUUAAUCUAGGACAGGCUUUCAUCGAGUCGUGUCAGAUGGUGCACUGCCUUUUCAUGUUGUUUUGAUCCUUAACAGCAAGCCUGAAAAACAUCAUCUGCAGUUACUGGCAUUUCUGAGAAGAUUCAGGUUUAAUCUGAAUCUUCUGAGAAGAUUCAACUUAUUCUCUUGAGGACAUGUGUCUUUAUUAACUUAGGAACCAUGAGCAACUGUGUUAUUUCCUAUGUUAUUUCCAAGACCGUUAGAUAAGUGCUUGAAGACAGAGCGGGUAGUUGGUCUCCGAGACUUGUGCUUUUGUGUGUUGGUACUUCAGGCAGGUGGGAAUUUUAUGAGCCCAUAAGAAGUCAUGGUUAGCCAAAAUCAUGGUCAGGUAUAACCAUCUCCAACACUCUUCACCAGCCUGAGCAGGUCUCUGCUCCUGACUGCUGCAAUUCGUCCCAGACUGUAUUUGUGGGACGUUACUGCUUCCUGAAUUGCCUUGAUCCUAAGUUAGUCUUUUUCCAUCAAUUAUUCAUCAACAAAAAAGGUCCAAGAGCAAAUUUGAAAAAAUAGUAUUUUAAUAAUAUUACUAAUUAUUCAGUUUUCUGAAGUGUUCGGGUCUGUUCAUGAACAGACAAAUCUACUUCAGUUUUAAAUAUGCUUUAAAACCAACUGUACAAUUAGUAACGAUCAGAGAAGAGGUUCAGGGUUCUUCUGGGGUCACCCGAACACAGAAUGAGGGGAAGAAAAUAACUGAGAGAAAUCCUGGGUAGUCGUAUCAGAGUUAUUUUGCAAUAAGCCUUACAAAGCAUGUAUCCAAUUGUUGAUUCAGUUUCACUACAGUGUGUAAAAUGAUUGCACGAACAAUUCUGGCAAGGUGUUGUGAAAAUAAUUCCCUAUUUCAUCAAGCCUGACUAUGCAACUCUAGCAUGGGUAGUGCCGCUACAAACUGUGCAAUCAGAAAUAAUGGAGAUAUUGCAGUCUCAUGGAGGGACUUUAAAUGAUGAGAGGUAGCACCAGAUAAACGUGAUUUUCCUUACCAGUUUUUUUGCUUGAGCAAGGUUCUUCAAGGCUACUGCCAGGGAAUUAUGUUUAUCUGUCCAUGCUUAUACAGCAGUUGAUGUUCCCUUGUUGCUAAAAACAGAAUUAUGAUGCUGUUUUUCUGAGCUCAGGAUGCCAGGACCAGAUGUCAGCUAGUAAAGUAUCUCCCUAUUCGUGUUUGUUUACACUUAUGCUUGUCAAGUGUCAACUUCAAGAAGGUACAACAAACACACUGGGCAUAUCACCUGGCAGCUUGCACGUGUGAAAGCAUCAGCAGCAUGAGAACAAGAGUUAGAGGAAUGGCAUGCACUGAUUUCCAAGGACGUGACUAACAACAAUCAAGCUGGUGAGAGCUGAGCAACACGUUUCUUGUUCUCAUGUGCCACAGAGAAGGUGACUUGUUGGCAGAAGACAUACACCUGACAACAGAACGGCAGCAGAGGGGAUGCAGCACAUCUCAUGGGAUGUUCCUGUUAUCCUACGAGGAGGACAAGUUACAAUCCCAAACAAGAAAAUGAAAGAUGCUCAUCAGCAAUGUUGUCUAAUAUUUACAAAACUUGAGUAAGAUGCAGAGGCAAAAUAUCACACCACAAUAUCUUUCAAAUCCUAAAAGAUCUCAGAUGUCUGUCCAAGAACAAGCUGAUCUUGGGAUCUAAGAGGAACCCAGAAGGCACACUGAGGACCCAACAGCUGGCAAACUUUGCCUUCCAUGUCACAUGCAGGUGACCUUGGCCAGAGCUCUUGGGCACACACAUCUUGGCCCUGAUGAGAAUGAGAAUGUGAGUGUAUUGACUGGUUCCUUACUUGCUUAGGAAGUCAAAUAAAAUGUCUUCCUGUUUCUAA